AGCCGGUUAGUUUUCACCUCUAUCCCUACUAGGCUUAUCCCUUCAAACAAACUGACUCUAAUUCUAAAAAUAGGUAUAGCAUCUUCUUGAAGUUGAACAAGUCCAUGGUGACUUGUUCAAGGUGGGUCAAAGAAUGCUAUCGCCUUCGUUCAUUUGCCUCUGGGGCGCUGGUUUGUUCUUCCGACUGGUUGACGGGGAAGAGGACCAACAUCAUCAUCCAGAGAGCGGGGAUGCUGUUGCGUCCGUUGCGACCGAGGUCGAAGAACAUGAGUCUCCGCUUGUUUGCUCCCUAGCAGUAACGGAUGACCUGCAUCCAGGGUUCUUCGCGAACUUUGGAGAGUGGCAGAAACGAUAUGGCAGAGAUAGCCAGUCCCUGUCCCGACACUUCUACCAGGAGACAUUUGUGGAGAAGCUGUUGUUGCAAGUACAAGUGCAGCAAGGAGUAGGAGAUGGAGGACAGCAGCAGCAGCAGCAGCUCUCUCCGCGGAGUAAGGUAACCGACGAAAAUGUCCAGCACUUUCGAGAUGCCGUUGAGCGCUGUCCUGCAGCAGUGUUGGAGAUCAUGAUGAAUGGGAUCCUGUACCUAGAUACGCAUCAUUCGAGGCACAAGGCGGCGGCGUUUUUGACGUAUAUCUUUCGCAUUCGGGAUUUAGUUGUGUGGCGACUGAGGAGGACGAUUGGCUUGAGCAACGCUUAUGCAGGAUGUUGGAGAUGAAUAUGUCAUUAGUGUUUAUGCUAUUGAAGAAAUGUCUAAGCCUAAGGUUAUUAGUAGAGGUGUAGUGACUCGAACUGCUUGUCGUUCUACGCUUCAAAUAUCUAAGAUAUUGAAGGAGUCGAGUCCGUAGAAGCCUACAAUUACGAGACUCUUUUCGGCUGGCCCGAGCCUCAAAGCGUCGUGCCUGCGUUUUCACGACCUAACGGCGAGUUACUCUCCGAUGACGACCUGCUCUACCAAGUUCGCAACUUGGAACGGCUGAUGCGAGAGUGGUCAGUCGACAUUGCCUACGUCUACCCAAAGCUGUUUGGUGUCAACGGCGAACGACUCGGUCCGCUCUACGGUGGUGAGGAUACGAGUUCGACACUGAGUGUGCUGAGCGUGGAGGAGCGUAAGCCGCCAGGGAUUAUCGAAGACGAAGCUUUAGUUCUUCCUUCGUCCACGAGCAGGAGCACGGAGAUAGUUAGUACAAGAACUUCAACUUCAAGAACUUCAAGAACUCCAGCGACUACUACAGACGAAGACAAGAACAUCUGUCUCGGCCAGAAAGUGUACGUCUACGAAGCGCAAGAGCUGUUGCAUCCGUCUCUCCAUACGCCGAGCUUGCUAAGCUGUCUGCAAGGCCAGUGGGGAACGGAGGUGCUGAUGAAAUCGUUCUUUGAUCGGUCCGAUUGCAGAACCUUGGACCCCGAAAAAGCCGAUUGGUUCUAUGUGGGGAUCUACGGGACUUGCCGUUAUGUAAAGCUAAACGAAGGAGUGGUCGAUGAAGGAGCGGUGAUGAAAGACAUGGACUACCUGAGCUCAAAGUACAUCUACGAACCCUUGUUGACGAUGUUGAGACGUUCGAAGUACUAUCACCGAAGGCAAGGAGCGGAUCACAUCUUCCUCUUUGCAGAUGGACAAGGACCGAGAAUAUUCGAUUCAUGUAUGGCACAACUUGAUGAUCGAAUUUACAAUCUCUCAUUUUCAACAAUGAUCGUUGAGCUAGAUAAUCUGUAUUUCGUCCGAGGUACUUACUUAUAUUUGUUCUAGUCUUGUUCUAUUCUGUGUCGCUGUCUUCUAUUCUGCCUAGUCUUGUUCUAUUCUGUGUCGCUGUCUUCUAUUCAAGAACACGCUCUUAAUACAACACGAGAUCUGGCGCAGCGAUUCCGUGUUUCUUUCGCCCGAGGUGACCUGUCCGACUUGGAGCGAGAAAGUGCGGAAGUACGUGGACGUGAAGAAGUGCCUCUCUGUUCCGUGGAAAGACGUCGUGAUUCCAGGACACACUGAUUACGCCAGGAUGCAGUACAUGCGAAAGCAUGACAAGCCAACGAGCGAACGCGGGAUGCUGAUGACCUUCCACGGUCGGGCACCUGGAGGGCAUCAGGCAUACGGAGAUUGCGAAGUGCGUGGCAAAGUGAUGGAACUAGCACGAUUCCCAGGCGUCGACGUCGGCGGUUUUGUGACCGAUUAUCUGGAGCGAAAAGGCGACUCGCAUUUUUGUCUAGUUCCUGGCGGCACUUCUCCGUGGACAAACCAUUUGUACGAGAGUCUCUUCUGCGGCUGCAUUCCGGUCAUUCUGUCCGACGACUACCAGGUCGCUUUUCGAAAAGAGCUCCCUUGGGAUCUCUUUAGCAUCAAAUGGCCGGAAAAGCUAGUUGACGGUCGUCUCUAUCGCCAUCUACAUGACCUGGCGAUGUAUGAGCCAGACCGUGUACGGCAACUGAAGAAUGCGGGUCGAAAAAUGAGCUGUUUCUUCGAUUGGUACUCCGUUUCUCCGUCUUGUAGCCCGUUCACAUUGCUGUUGCGGCGGUUGCGUCAUUUGCUCAACAGACGACAAGCGGAUGAGCAAGAUAACUGGCAAAAACAAAUGCGGAAGUACUUGCUGGUGGGAAAUGAACAAGAUCAGGAAGAGAGUGGUA